AUGUUUAAGUCAGAUAAAAAACGUAAAGCAAAUACUUUCAAUGAUAAAGAUAAGGAUGCAAGUGUUUAUGAUGGUGAAUUAAAAGGCAAAAAAAAGAAAUUUACAAUUAACAACAGCAGUAGCAAUAAUAAUCCAAUUAUUAUUAUUACAAAGAUACCAAAGAAAGGUCCGUUGGCACUUAAUUGUUCAAUGACUAAAGAUCUUUGGUGGCAUCCUGUAACUAACCAAGAA